GCGCGCACCCAGCCCCGCCGCCCAUCCCCGGGGGCUCGGGGCUGCUGCGCGGGCAGCAUGUGGGAGCCGGCGGAGUUCGCGCGGCACUGGCAGGCCGAGUUCCCCGGGGAGCCGGCGCCCCGCAUGCAGCUGGGCUCGGUGCGGGACAUGGAGCUGGAGCUGGAGCGCUGCCGGGGGAACCUGAGGCUGCUGCAGCAGGCGCUGGCCGAGGAGAAGUUCAAAGUCAUUUACCUGGAGGCGGCGCUGGCCCGGCAGCCCCCGGCCCCCUCCCCGGAGGGGCAGGCAGAGGAGCCCGCCCCCCUCCCGGACAUGCCCCCUGGCAAGAGGGGCGCAGCGGGGCACGCGGUGCACAGCUUGGCCGCAGCCAUCCAGCACCAGCUGCCGCAGCGCAAGGCAGCCCCGGGGGCCCGGAGGCAGGGCAGGCGGCAGCCCCCCAGGCAUGAGCACCCUGUGGGCAGGAGCACCGAGGGGGGGCCAGAUGGCCCGGCCACUGAGCAGGGCAGCGAUGCUCCAGCUGGGCACCUGCCUGGCCAGACCCACGGCAGCGAGCCCCCCAUGCCCGUCCCCAGGGAGAGCCAUGGCAGCGAGCCCCCCAUGCCCGUCCCCAGGGAGAGCCAUGGCAGCGAGCCCUCCAUGCCCGUCCCCAGGGAGAGCCAUGGCAGCAAGCCCCCCAUGCCCGUCCCCAGGGAGAGCCAUGGCAGCGAGCCCCCCAUGCCCGUCCCCAGGGAGAGCCAUGGCAGCGAGCCCCCCAUGCCCGUCCCCAGGGAGGCCCAUGGCAGCGAGCCCCCCCUCCCCAUCCCUUCCCAGGCCCAUGGUAGCGAGCCCCCUACUGGGCACCCCCAUGGCGGUGAGCCCCAUGGCAGUGAGCCCCCGGUCCCCAUCGCUGGCGAGGCCCAUGGCAGUGAGCCCCCUGCUCAGCAUCCUCCUUCCUCUGGUGAGGCCCAUAGAGGCCCUAUGCCCAUCUUAAGGGAGGUCCGCGGCCGGCAGCCCUACGCCAAGAACAUGCCUGGCCCCGGGGAGGGCAGUGCCGACCACGACGAUGAGGAGGUGGACCUGAGUGAGAAGUUCCUCCUGAACCCCAUCUUCUUAGGCUUCAGGAUCCUACCCCGGGGGUCUGGGGAGGAGCUGGACAGGCCCCACCACUGGCUGCCCGCCUUACGGGGCAGGAGGCCCAAGCGCAGCCGGGAUCUGGACUCGCUGGAUGGGACGAAUGGGCACAGCUCCCCCAUGCAGCACGAAGAGCAGCACCCGCUGCCCUGGAGACACAAGCGACACUUGGAUGUGCCUGGCAGGGACUCCUCCAGCUGCAGCUCCCCGGAGAGAGGCAGCGACUGCAGCUACAACAGCUCCGACCACGAGGACGGCUCCUCAGGAGACUUCAACUACGGGGCGGAGGACUACGACGCGGAGGGGAAUGAGGAGCCCAAGGUGCCACCGGAGGGCUCGGAGACCAUGCCCUACAUCGACGAGUCGCCCACCAUGUCGCCGCAGCUCAGCGCCCGCGGCCAGGAGAGCGGGGAUGGCGUCUCACCCACGCCCACCGACAGCCUGGGCACUGGGGGCGAGCGGGAUGCCGGGAAGGGGCUGGAGAUGCGGAAGUUGGUGCUCUCGGGCUUCCUGGCCAGCGAGGAGAUCUACAUCAACCAGCUGGAGGCGCUGCUGCUGCCUAUGAAGCCCCUGAAGGCCACGGCCACCACCUCCCAGCCUGUCCUCACCAUCCAGCAGAUCGAGACCAUCUUCUACAAGAUCCAGGACAUCUACGAGAUCCACAAGGAGUUUUACGACAGCCUCUGCCCCAAGGUGCAGCAGUGGGAGAGCAAGGUCACCCUGGGGCACCUCUUCCAGAAGCUGGCCAGCCAGCUCGGUGUGUAUAAAGCCUUCGUGGAUAACUACAAGGUCGCGCUGGAGACGGCGGAGAAAUGCAGCCAGAGCAACAACCAGUUCCAGAAGAUCUCCGAGGAGCUGAAAGUGAAGGGCCCCAAGGACUCCAAGGAGAGCCACACCUCAGUCACCAUGGAAGCGCUGCUGUACAAGCCCAUCGACCGUGUGACGCGGAGCACCCUGGUACUGCACGACCUUCUCAAACACACGCCGGCUGACCACCCCGACUACCCGCUGCUGCAGGAUGCCCUCCGCAUCUCCCAGAACUUCCUGUCCAGCAUCAAUGAGGACAUCGACCCGCGGAGGACAGCAGUCACCACACCGAAGGGGGAGACACGGCAGCUGGUGAAGGAUGGCUUCCUGGUGGAGCUGUCCGAGGGCUCGCGGAAGCUGCGCCACGUCUUCCUCUUCACCGACGUCGUCCUCUGCGCCAAACUGAAGAAGACCGCCGUGGGGAAGCACCAGCAGUAUGACUGCAAGUGGUACGUGCCGCUGGCCGACCUGGUGUUCCCGGCCCCCGAGGAGUCGGAGCCCUGCCCGCAGGUGCACACCAUCCCAGACCACGAGCUGGAGGACAUGAAGAUGAAGAUCUCGGCCAUCAAGAGCGAGGUGCAGAAGGAGAAAGCUGGCAAGGGGCAGAGCCGAGCCAUCGAGCGCCUCAAGAAGAAGAUGUUUGAAAACGAGUUCUGGCUGCUCCUGAACUCCCCCACCAUCCCCUUCCGCAUCCACAACCGCAACGGGAAGAGCUACCUGUUCCUGCUCUCCUCGGACUACGAGAGGUCGGAGUGGAGGGAGGCCAUCCAGAAGCUGCAGAAGAAGGACCUCCAGGCCUUCGUGCUGAGCUCGGUGGAGCUGCAGGUGCUCACGGGGUCCUGCUUCAAGCUGCGCACCGUCCACAACAUCCCCGUCACCAGCAACAAGGACGAUGACGAAUCCCCGGGACUCUACGGCUUCCUGCACGUGAUCGUCCACUCGGCCAAGGGAUUCAAACAGUCUGCCAACCUCUACUGCACCCUGGAAGUGGACUCCUUCGGGUACUUUGUCAGCAAAGCAAAGACCAGGGUUUUCCGGGACACGACCGAGCCGCAGUGGAAUGAGGAGUUCGAGAUCGAGCUGGAAGGUUCGCAGUCGCUGCGCGUCCUGUGCUACGAGAAGUGCUACGACAAGACCAAGCUCAACAAGGACAACAACGAGAUUGUGGAUAAGAUCAUGGGCAAGGGGCAGGUCCAGCUGGACCCGCAGGCCGUGCCGACCAAGAACUGGCACACGGACGUCAUUGAGAUGAAUGGGAUCAAGGUGGAGUUCUCCAUGAAGUUCACGAGCCGGGACAUGAGCCUGAAGAGGACCCCGUCCAAAAAGCAGACCGGCGUCUUCGGGGUGAAAAUCAGCGUUGUGACCAAGCGGGAGCGCUCCAAGGUGCCGUACAUCGUGCGGCAGUGCGUCGAGGAGGUGGAGAAGAGAGGCAUCGAGGAGGUCGGCAUCUACCGGAUCUCGGGGGUCGCCACAGACAUCCAGGCGCUGAAGGCAGCCUUCGAUGCAAAUAACAAGGACAUUCUGGUAAUGCUGAGCGACAUGGACAUCAACGCCAUCGCGGGCACCCUGAAGCUGUACUUCCGCGAGCUCCCCGAGCCCCUCCUCACAGACCGGCUGUACCCCGCUUUCAUGGAGGGGAUAGCACUCUCGGAUCCUGCCGCCAAGGAGAACUGCAUGAUGCACCUUCUCCGGUCACUGCCCGAUCCCAACCUCAUCACUUUCCUCUUCCUGCUGGAACACUUGAAAAGGGUUGCCGAAAAGGAGCCCAUCAACAAAAUGUCCCUCCACAACCUGGCCACGGUCUUUGGCCCAACACUGCUGAGACCCUCCGAGGUGGAGAGCAAAGGACACCUCACCUUGGCCUCCGACAUCUGGUCCCAUGACGUUAUGGCACAGGUCCAGGUUCUCCUUUACUACCUGCAGCAUCCUCCCAUCUCCUUCGCGGAGCUGAAACGCAACACACUCUACUUCUCCACAGACGUGUAGCCUGCGCUGAGAAGGCACCAGCUGCACACGAACCCAGCCUCCCAGAGCGUGGGGCACAGCACAGACUAGCCUCGCCCUGCGGGGAGAUGGGCACUUCCCCAGAACAGUGCCCGCUGCAUCUUUGGUACCAUUUUGUACAAGUCUCCAACCCUGGCCCAGGCCCUGCGCGCCCUGUCUAGUAGUCGUGUCUUACGUACCUUCGUGGUCAGGAAUUGUUUUUUAUGUAUAUUUGUUCGACAGAAGAGGUAGUGACUGACGGGCCGCAAGCCCCUCGCUUUGUUCAUUUCCUGCCAGGCUCCUGUUCCUUCGAAGGCCGUUGCAACUCUCCUUUUGCCCUCCCCAGCUUCAGCCAAGCGUCCCUUCGUCUCGCCCGCUCGAAGUCUGCAGCAUCACACCAGUGCCUGUUUGGUUUGCCUCGUCCCCUGUGCCUGCACGUGCAGCGUUGGCUGGCCUCUUGCAUCAGAGGCUGAGAAGGGACCAAGGACUCCCCCUUUCUACCCAUCAAGACGACGAGCUCCUUUGUCUUGCUGUCCGUGUGAACGGUGGACUCUGCUCCCUCUUGGAGCAAACCUUUGGCCACAAAAGUGGGUGGGGGGGACAUUUUUAAUGUCUGUCCCAGGUGCUUUACAGCUAGGGCCUGUGGCCUAUGCUUUCUGCCUGUUUGUCGUGUCCUCCGUGGCUAUCCCCCUGCUGUUUCUCCUCUCCCGCUGUGUAAUGUUGAGGGUAACCUGCUCUCUAGAAUGGGGCAGAGGUGCCUUUGGCAGGCUUGUGUGGAAAGAAGAAAGGGCUGUCCCAUUACACUACCACUACUACCCUGCCUCCAUCUGGGUGUGCCACGUGACUGGCUUCUAGCCCCCAGCUGUCUCCAGGGGACGUUAGGUACGGACGAGGUUCAGCCAGGAGCUCCCUGAAGCGCACCUGCUGGAGUGACCAGGUGGGGCAACGCCCCUCAGUCCUGCAGCACGAGGGAGGAGUGACUGUCCCGAAAGCCUCACAUACCUCGUCAAUACCAAUGCCUUAGCCCUUGGCACCCGUUCCUCUCCAGUGGAGCACUGCCGCGAAGGCACAACUGAGCAGCUAGGCUUCCUUCCCCAGCAUUACCCGGGGGCCUCUUCCCUCUGGGAGCUGCACUGUGCAGCCUUUCCGCUGAGCUACCCUUCUGAGAACCAGGCGAAGGGGAGGGAGGGAGCCAGGCUCUGCUUUGGUACCACCAAGCCACACGCAGGCUGGCCCCUUGUAAACCCUGCAGGAGGCUGCCGGAGUCUGUAGGACAACAGCUGCUUUUUGUCCCUUCCUGCACCAAGGUAAACAGCUUCUGAGCUGAAAGCGAACUCGAAGGGCAGAGCCUCGUGGAGAUGGGGGCCUGGAAGGGGAAAGCCCACUGUGCUUGGAACAGGAGCUGGAUUCUCCCCACGUGGCUCUCCCUCAUGGCACCAGCCUGACAUGGUGGAAGCUAAAGCACAUCCAUUCAGCCAGCCUGGGUACAUGCUAUUCUGCUGGGACAGCUUCCCCCAGCUCGUUCCCUUUGAAUUCUAACCUCCAGCCCUUGUGGCAAGGCAGCGAUGGCUCUGCCUGCUGGCUGGGAUGUGUCCCACAGAUAAACACUAUCUUGUGUUCUCUUCUGUGGGCUCCUGCUCUUGUAGCUUGAGAGCACCCCAACCUACCCUGACUCCUGGAGCCCACAGACAGGUGCUGGGACCUGCCAAGGAAACUAACCCUGCCUUUUUUUCUCCCCUCCCCCACCCCCUUUUCUUGGGGCGGGGGGAAGCUCUGCCCACUACCCCUACACCCUCUGUGCCAAAUGCCGAUGGACAGCUGGUUUAUUUGGGGUGACCAAACAUAUCCCUUGUAACAGCAGUGCUGCCUUUAACUGCUGUUCCACGUGCUGUCUUAAAGAUCAGCCUCGGGGGGCUGAAGGCAGCUGCUAGCCCCACAGCACUGAAGCAGCUAAAGGGAGAGGGAAGUCUUGCAAUGCCAGUCUAAAGGGCUUACACUCCAGCCCCCACGCUGCUGGCGACACAGAAGCGAAAUGGCAUUGGACACACUGACCAGGUGUCGCACUUUGCCCUGGAUAACGGGACUGAGCUUAGAUCGAACUGCACAAUGGAUCCCUGUGUGUUUUAUGUACCUACAUCUGUCAACUGUGGUGUCAUUCCAAAGGGAGACUCUGACCCACCCCCACACCAGUUCAAAGGGCUGGAGACCAGCCCCCUGCACAAACUGUGGCAAUCCCAUGGGCUGUGUUUUCAUUUUUCCUACAGCGGGGUGGGAGGUGUCGGACUCUUGUGGCUACAGGUAGAAUAGAACGGUUCAUUAAUAUUUGACUUUUACUAAGUUAAGAUCUAUUUUUUGUUUGUGUUCUGUUUCAACUUCUGUAGAUUAUAAACUUUCAAUGGAUGUAAACCAUGUGAAAAAUGUUAAUAAAAAGCAAAGCCCUGACGUUUGCACAAAAAGUA